GCCGAGAUAAACUAUGCGGUUGUUCUGAAUGUAGCAUUGUAUUUUGCUGCUGCUGCUGCUGCUGCUGUGGUUGUUGUUAAUGCUGGUGGUGGUGGUGGUGGUGGUGGUGCUGCUGCUGCUGAUGAUGAUGAUACCGGUGAAUAUUUCUUUUUCUCUUUCUGUACAGCACAAUAA